UAUUAGAAAAAUCUGCACAUCAUGCCAUGGCGUUGAUCAUGCUGCUCCUGCUGUAAAAUACAGAUUUUGAUCGUCGUUUCAGGCACAUACAGACCUACUUCGAAGUGAACUGUGGAAAUAUUUAUUGGUAGUUGUUCAAAAUGGUCAAAGCUCAGAGUGUAGAUGUUGAAAUGAAGGACGUUUCGAGUCCUGCCACGCCUGACGACAAGAAAGAAGAAACUGAAGUGAAGAAAGACCCCGAGUUACUCACUUUAGAAGAUGUCCGUGAGCAUGUUCGUCACAUUGAAAAGGCUGUGGCUACCAAAGAACCUCGUUUCAUGUCACGUGUUGUAAGAGGGCUUGUUUCUGUCAGGAGAAAGCUAAAUUUCAAGAUUCUCAACAAGCUGAUCCAUGGCUAUUUCACCUCAUCUCAAAGCAACAAAGAAGAUCUCACCAAGUUUGUGGCUGAGCCAAAGGAGGUUAAUGGCAUAGGGGCACCAUUCCGUCCUCGUUCGGGAAAACUUGCCAACCAACCUCUCAUGCCUGAGAUUGAUGCCUACAUUCAUCUUUUGGUAGUCAUACACCUUAUUGACACCAAGAAGUAUACUGAGGCUGUAAAGUGUGCAGAACUGUUGAUGCAGAAAAUCUUACCACAGAACAGAAGAUCACUUGACAUGUUAGCUGCCAAGUGCUACUUCUACUACUCCAGAACCUUCGAGCUAACAAACCAGUUAGAGAAGAUCAGGGGCUUCCUCCAUGCCCGUUUACGUACAGCAACCUUGAGGUCGGACUAUGAAGGCCAAGCAUCACUGAUUAACUUGCUACUUAGGAACUACCUUCAUUUCAACCUCUAUGAACAAGCUGACAAACUGGUGUCAAAGUCAACAUUUCCAGAAUCAGCAUCAAAUAAUGAAUGGGCACGAUAUUUGUACUACUUAGGUAGGAUAAAGGCAGCACAGCUUGAGUACUCUGAAGCCCACAGACACCUGUUACAGGCAAUGAGGAAAGCUCCACAACAAAGUGCUAUUGGAUUCAAACAGACAGUGCAGAAACUUGCAAUUACAGUAGAACUUCUUUUGGGUGAUAUUCCAGACAGGUACACAUUUCGGCAGCCUUCUAUGAGGAAAACACUGGCUCCAUACUUUCAGCUAACUCAAGCUGUGAGGAAUGGAAACCUUCCUAAAUUCAAUGAAAUGUUAGCCAAGUUUGGGUCCAAGUUCCAGGCUGAAGACACGUACACACUUAUCAUCCGACUCCGUCACAACGUCAUCAAAACCGGAGUUCGGAUGAUCAGUUUAUCCUAUUCCAGAAUAUCAUUAGUAGACAUUGCACAAAAGCUAUCAUUAGACAGUCCAGAGGAUGCAGAGUAUAUUGUAGCUAAGGCAAUCCGAGAUGGUGUGAUUGAGGCCACGAUAGAUCAUGAGAAGGGCUAUGUUCAGUCCAAAGAAACAAGUAAUGUGUACAUGACGAAAGAACCCAUGGCUGCUUUCCAUCAACGAAUCAGCUUCUGCCUAGAUAUACACAAUAAUUCUGUUAAGGCAAUGAGGUUCCCACCCAAGUCUUACAACAAAGAUCUGGAAUCUGCAGAGGAUCGCAGAGAACGGGAACAGCAGGAGUUGGAGAGUGCUAAGGAGAUAGCUGAUGAAGAUUUUGAUGGAUUUCCUUGAAGGCAUAACCGCCACAGGAAGAAAAUGUGUAUAUUCACUCAAGGAGCAGGUGUAAAAAUUGUCCAAAGGUGUUCAACCUUUGCAUGUUUUUGGUGACUAGUUGCAAGUGUUUGACACUGGCACAAAGCAUGAAGCUACACCAGCAUCAUACCACCUCACAAACCUGUCAUAACAUUACAUAUUCCGAAACAUCCAUAGUAUGUCAAAUUUUCUCCUGAUUAUCUAAUUAAGCCUUGGAAAUUCCUCAACAAUUGCUUUUGUCAAAUUGUAUUUUUCUGUCAUACAAUGACCAUGAAUUAUUCCAUAGUUGAUCAUUGGUUGAGACACAUAGAAACAUGUUUUUCCCAAGCUGAAUGAGUUUUUGGGAAUGAUCCAGUUUGCAUGGAAGCUUUGUCUAUGUGUAAAUACUAUCUUGACAUGAACGUAAAAUUGUGACAGUUUUGUGAAGCGGUCAUUUAGGGAUGAUUUAGUUCGUAAAUGUUGCCUGCAAUUCAUGGAUGUGUCCUUUUAGUCUAAAAAUAAGACACUUCCUCUCACUUUAACACAGUGGCAUUUCUCAUUGUUUAUACCAUCCAUUUAGAUGUUGCCUAUAUUCAAUGUAUCUGAAAGAAUGUUCCAUCAGUAACUGGGAGAGCAUUAUUGUAAACUUUGUCUGAAAA